GCAACCUGUCUGUCCACAGCUAAAUCCACAAUAAACGACAAAGUAGUGCUGUUGCUUCUGAUUGGGUUAUUUAAUCAACAUUUGACGCGAGAGAUGGCGCACACGGAAGGACUGGACAAUGCCAUGGGAGAGUGUUCAGGAAAACAGGGGUCGACUCUUGGCCUGAGAAGUCGACCAUGCUCCAGCGAAAGAGAUGGCCAGGUCCGCGUUGUUAAAGCCUCGCUUCAGGAGAGACUCGGACCUUACGAGCCGGUGUUGACCUACCUACAGUCCGUUCUGGUGUGGGAAAGGCCGUUUCAGAGUGUGCUACUGUACACAGUGGUCAACGUUGUGUUCUGGUUCUUUGCCCUGACCUCGCUGCGCCUGCUCUUCCUGCUGUCCUCUGGCCUGCUUGCAUUCAUCUGCGUUGACAGCUGGAGGAACAAGAUCUGGCCUGAGAUCAGAGGUGAGGAGGAUAUAGUACAUUCAUUCUGGGUAGUCUGCCUUAUUCUGCACCCAACGCCACAUGCCCCACUGUGUCUUGGUCUGUCCCUGCUGAGUACCUCUGCCCAACUGUGUUAAUUACACCUGACUUGGUUCUUAGAUCCUGUCCCUUAUUCCCCAGUGUCAUACUACCCUUGGUGUGAAUACCCWACUGGCCCUGGUCUGUACUAUUCAUUAGACCCUGUAUARUGAAUGAUAUCCUUUGUCAUGCCUGUCCUCAUUUAAACUCAUGUGGUGUAGAGUGUCCAAGUGUAGUGCAUGUAGUGAUGUGGAUUGUUGYUAAAUGCG